CGGGGAAGGGAGGGAGUUUGUUCCGAGCUGGACUUCAACUGAUGGGCGGGGAACUGAUCAGUUAAAGAGGCAGGCAGCGCUCGCCGGGAAGCAGCUGGGAGAGAGAGCUUUUGCAGAGAAGUCUUUGCAGAGAAAUCGGACGAUCCGCGGUGGGUUGCAGCAUUUGAAGUCUUGGGCUUGUCUUUGCUGAUACCAGAACUAGAAGCCAUCCAGACAGUAAGAAUGCAAAUUCCUGAGCAGAUGAGGUUGACUAGCAAAAACCAGAUCUAUCUGGUGACAGGAGGUUGUGGUUUCCUGGGAAAACAUCUGGUUGAAAUGCUUCUGGAAAAAGAGCUCAGCCUUGCUGAAAUACGGGUCUUUGAUUUGCAUCUGGAUGAAAGUAUGCGCAGUUUGGACAGAGUGACUCUCAUCCAGGGAGACAUCAGCAAUCUAGAGGAUGUGAAGCCAGCAGUCAAAGGCGCCCAUGUGGUCAUUCACACGGCCGGUCUGGUGGAUGUCUGGGGCAGAGUCCAACCAGAAAAGAUAAUGGCAGUUAAUGUGCAAGGAACCAAAAACGUAAUUGAGGCCUGUGUCACACAAGGAGUCCAGUAUCUGGUUUACACUAGCAGCAUGGAGGUUGUAGGACCUAACAUAAAAGGCCACCCUUUCUACAAGGGCAACGAGAACACGACCUAUGAGGCCAUCCACCACCAUCCUUACCCACUUAGCAAGGCCAAGGCCGAGCAGCUGGCCCUCGAAGCCAAUGGGCAACUGAUGCCCAAUGGGAAGCGAUUAGUCACUUGUGCCCUUCGUCCAACGGGCAUCUAUGGGGAGAACCAUCUGCUGAUGAAGGAGUUUUAUGAGAAAGGGCUGAUGACAAAGAAGUACAUGAUCCGGGCCAUCCCAUCCUCUGUGGAGCAUGGCAGGGUCUAUGUAGGCAAUGUGGCUUGGAUGCAUGUCCUGGUUUCUCAGAAGAUUCAAGAGGACCCCUCAACCAUUGGGGGCCAAGUUUAUUUUUGCUAUGAUGACUCUCCGUACAAGAGCUACGAGGACUUUAACAUGGAGUUCUUGAGCCCGUGUGGCUUCCGCCUCUUGGGGUCACACCCACUGCUGCCGUUCUUUCUCCUCCAUCUGAUAGCUCUGCUCAAUGCUAUCCUGCAGUGGCUCCUAAAGCCCUUCUGUGUGUAUGCCCCCAUCCUCAACCCCUACACCCUGGUGAUUGCCAGCACUACCUUCACUAUAAAAACCGACAAGGCCCUGAAGCACUUCGGAUACAAACCCUGCUUCACUUGGGAGGAAAGCAAGAAUCGCACAAUCAGGUGGCUCCAAGAGGUCGCAGCAGAAAAGCAGAUGGAGAAGUAGGCCCCGCAAGACAGGUCAACACGAAAGGGGAAAUCGCUCUGGAGGAAUCAGAGUUGGGGAAUGGAAAGCUCCUGGAUUUCAGCUGUGCUAAACUCAGGACAUUUGCAAUAUUAACCUAUGGCCUUAUGUUGACUGGUUUGAGACGGUGAUGUUAUAUAUUUGUACAGUAACUACCUUUGUCUUAGAUGACCUUUGGAAGUAGGCCUAUAGUUUUGCAGGAAUGGGUAAACCCUCUGUUUCCCAAGCAGAAAUGUCAAAUACCAAAGAAAUACGUUUUAGAUUUUGGCUGAGUGCAUCAGUAUCUCAUUCUCAACUCGACAAGGGCUUUUUUCUUCCAGCCAAAGUCCCAAACUCUUUUCAAAAUUACUUUUGAUGACGGUCUUCAAUAUUUCUAUCAUGUCAUACAUUCCAAUCUGCUCAGUUGAAUUUCUUCUAUCUGAGUGUGUUUAUCCAUCUGCCUGCAUUGAUUUAGCAUGCUUCAAAGAUUAUCCAGAAGGCAGCAAGGUCCAGUUCAUCUUCUACCAUUCCUUAUCUUUGGAAGAUGGAUUGUUGAUCUAUUGCAUGUCACUACAGACCAGUUCCAUGUUUUUCUUCCUACCUCAAUGACCUUUAAGUGCAAUAAGGAUCGAGGUUCAUGUUUUUGAUAUCAUCUCUAACCAGUCCCUAAUGAUCCGAGUAAGCAGAUAUACUCUUAAGUGUGAAAGGAGAUUAGGAUGCUAUCCUAUGAUUUUUCUAGCCACAAUUAUCUUACAUGACAUGUGCAAUAGAAAUGUAUGACUGGAAAGCCUCCUUGAUGGCCAACGAUUAAGUUAAGCAAGCAAAUAAAUAUAUUAUAUUCUCA